CCCCCCGCGGGAUUGAUUCGUUCCCGUCCGGCCCCGGCGGCGGCGCAGGCGCGCUGGGCCGGGCCGGGCCGGGCCGUACUAUGGCGGCGGGGGGAGCGGGCGAGACCAAGGUGAUCUACCACCUGGACGAGGAGGAGACCCCCUACCUGGUGAAGAUCCCGGUGCCCGCCGAGCGCAUCACGCUGGGGCACGUCAAGGCGGCGCUGAGCCGGCCCGGCGCCAAGUACUUCUUCAAGAGCAUGGACCAGGACUUCGGGGUGGUCAAAGAGGAGAUUUCAGACGACAAUGCGAAGCUGCCUUGUUUCAACGGGAGAGUCGUCUCCUGGCUGGUAUCUUCGGAGACCCCCCAGCCCGAGCCGGUGCCGACUCCCGCGGAGAGCCGACCGGAGCCCUCGCCCCCGCCGCCCCCCCUGCCCCCGCUGCCCGUGGAGAGGACUAGUGGUAUCGGGGACUCCCGGCCCCCCUCCUUCCACCCUAACAUCUCGGGCAGCCGGGAGAACCUGGAGCACGAGACGGAGACGGAGUCAGUCGUGUCACUGCGGAGGGAGAGGCCACGGCGCCGGGAGAGCACGGAGCAUGGUGGCGGGCACCGGCCAAAUGGGCAGUCACGGCUGGAACGACACCUGGCCGGGUACGAGAGCUCGUCCACCCUGCUGACCAGCGAGAUCGAGACCACCAGCCUGUGCGACUCAGAUGAUGACGACACCAUGAGCAGGUUCAGCAGCUCCACGGAGCAGAGCAGCGCCUCCCGCCUCCUCAAACGGCACCGGAGACGGCGUAAGCAGCGCCCCCCGCGCCUGGAGCGGACGUCUUCCUUCAGCAGCGUCACCGACUCUACCAUGUCGCUCAACAUCAUCACUGUCACGCUCAACAUGGAGAAGUACAACUUCCUCGGCAUCUCCAUCGUGGGGCAGAGCAACGAGCGGGGGGACGGGGGCAUCUACAUCGGCUCCAUCAUGAAGGGGGGUGCGGUGGCGGCUGACGGGCGCAUUGAGCCGGGGGACAUGCUGCUGCAGGUGAACGACAUUAACUUUGAGAACAUGAGCAACGACGACGCCGUCAGAGUCCUGAGGGAGAUCGUCCACAAGCCGGGCCCGAUCGUGCUGACGGUGGCCAAGUGCUGGGACCCUUCCCCCCAGGGGUAUUUCACGCUGCCCAGGAAUGAGCCCAUCCAACCCAUCGACCCGGCCGCCUGGGUCUCCCACUCGGCCGCCCUCACCGGCGCCUUCGCCGCCUACCCCGGCAGCAGCUCGAUGAGCACCAUCACCUCCGGGAGCUCCGUCGCCGAGAGCGAGCGCUUCGACGAAUUCAACCUGUCGGUCCACACGGACAUGGCGUCGGUCACCAAGGCCAUGGCCUCCCCGGAGUCGGGGCUGGAGGUUCGCGACCGCAUGUGGCUGAAGAUCACCAUCCCCAACGCCUUCCUGGGCUCGGACGUGGUGGACUGGCUCUAUCACCACGUCGAGGGCUUCCAGGACCGGCGCGAGGCCCGGAAAUACGCCAGCAACCUGCUGAAAGCCGGCUUCAUCCGGCACACGGUGAACAAGAUCACCUUCUCCGAGCAGUGCUACUACGUCUUCGGGGACCUGCGCGGCUGCGAGAACUACAUGGCCAACCUCUCCCUCAACGACAACGACGGCUCGAGCGGGGCGUCGGACCAGGACACGCUGGCCCCGCUCCCGCUGCCCGGGGCCACGCCCUGGCCCCUGAUGCCCACCUUCUCCUACCAGUACCCGGCCCCGCACCCCUACAGCACCCAGCCCCCGCCCUACCACGAGCUCUCCUCCUACAGCUACGGCAUGGGGAGCGCCAGCAGCCAGCACAGCGAGGGGAGCCGGAGCAGCGGCUCGAACCGGAGCGACGGGGGCGGGGGGGGCCGGGGCAAGGCCAAGGACGAGAAGGGGGCCCCCGACUCCAAAUCGGGCAGCGGCAGCGAAUCGGAGUACUCGACCCGCAGCAGCCUGCGGCGGGCGGAGCCAGGGGGCGGGGCCGGUGGGGGAGGCCCCGCCCUGGCAGGGGGCGGGGCCGAGGUGGGCGGCGCCCCCCAGCGCAGCCACCACAGCUUGGUGAGCAGCCUGCGCUCCCACCACUCCUACGGGCCCCCCGGCGUGCCCCUGCCCUACAACCCCAUGAUGGUGAUGAUGAUGCCCCCCGGCCCCCCCAGCGCCGCCCCCGCCUCCGUGCAGCCCCCCGGCGCCCCCCCCGUCCGCGACCUGGCCUCGGUGCCCCCCGAGCUCACUGCCAGCCGCCAGUCCUUCCACAUGGCCAUGGGGAACCCCAGCGAGUUCUUCGUCGACGUCAUGUGACCUGCUGGCCGCCGGUGGUCACGUGACGCCGCCCACGCGCCGUGAGACGCCACGGGACCGACUCCUGGCCAUGUGACUCGAUC